AAGAUAUAUUCUCUCUCGAAAAAUCGAACCGAGCGGACGUAUCGCGCGUGCCGCGUAGAUACAAUACACAGCCCAUAGAUACAAUUUCCCCUGGCUCGGAGGUGGUGUGUAUUGCAGCAGAAGCGAAGGUCUCUCUGCGUGCGAGAGCGUCUCGAGUCCGUGAAAAUUCAAUAAAACAAAGAGCCAAGUGAAAAUCGGUUCGCAAAACGCCAAUUGUCUGGCGAUACGAGAGGAAAAUCAGAGAAAUCAAAAACUGCCAGUAGGUAAAACUGUGUGUACAGCUUGAAAAACCGUUAUGUGUGUGUUGUUGUGCGCGUGUGUGUGAUUCUUCCGACGCGAUGCGCUUUAAUUAAUAUCAAUAAGAAGUGCAAAAAAAUACAACUUUGUCUGCUGGAAAAGUAUCUAAACCCAAUUAUUCGCCGAAGAGCAUUCGUUUUAAUUCGAUUGACACAGGCGAGCGAAAGAGAGGGAGAGGGGAGCUUAAGGAGAGAGAGAGCCCCAACACCAGUGCAGAAGCGAAAAUAUAACGGUGGUGGUGGAGCAGCCAGCGGCAGCAACAACAAAAACAUGCAAAUGUAGCGCCGCUCUGCGCUCUUCGCCGCUUUGCUUUUGCGCAGAGAACCCACCAAUUCGCCGCAGCUGUGUGUGUUUGGAAACACCUUGCUCCAAUAUUUUAACACCCCCCCUCGGAAAUACCCGAUUUUGCACGACCAUCGCUGUUUCAGUCUCAGUUUCGGUUCGCUUCGUGCGCUUUCUGCUGCCCUGCAGCGGAAAAUUCAACGAAAAAUCACUGGGCAACUUGCAGAAACCAAAGCUCCCCAAAAAGUAAAAAAUAAAGAACGGAAGAAAGAAGGGAAAAGAAACCCGAAAACGGGCAACGAUUCUUGCAUUUUCCAAUGCUGGUUGGCUGCGUUUUGCACGCGAUUUCCUCUGUUGCUGCAUUUUCAUCCAAAUCCAAAUCGAAACCCAAGACAACAAGAAGAACGAGUAAAACCAGGAGAACGGCAAGAAGAAGAGCGCCCAGCGCAAGCGGAGGAAGAAGAAGCAGCAGCAGCAGCAGCUCCAACAUUGUCGCCGCGACGUCAGCGUCGCUGCAGCGCCGCAGCUUCAUCAGCUAGCCAUGAACUACAACUACAGCAACAACAACUACAUCUGCAGCAGCAUCAGCCCCAACAACAGCAGCAACUACAACAACAACGAAGGCAGAGAACAGGACAAGGAGCAACCAAUGCAGGCGGCACUAAGGACGGCGAGCUCCAGCUCCACCAGCUCUACAACCACAUCCACAUCCAAGACGAGAGCAGGAACAACGUCGUUAAUCUAUUUACCGCCUUUCUGCUAUCCAUGUAAGCAUGUGCCUGCGGCCGGCACCAGUCGGAGUAGGAGUCGAAGCCAAAGCCAGACUUUGAGCCAUGGCAGCGGGAGUUGCCGGGGCAGCUGCUGUUGUCCGCCCGGCUGGGAACAUAAAAAUUAUGAUAAACAUGCUUCAGCGGCGACGUUGACACCAGCAGCAGCAGUAGAAGGAGCAGCAGCAACCGCAACCCCGACAACAACAGGACCUGCAGGGGCAACAAUGUCCUCCUCGUGGUCUGUGAAAUUCCUGGGGCAUGGCAGCACCGAUCUCCGGCAGACGUCGCAAUUAGUUAUGCCCACUAUCGCUGGCGGGGAAGACGGCGGCGUCUUGGAAUGUGGCAAGCGAUGCUGGCGACGUGAGCGAAUCCGGCGCGAAGGACCAAGUCAUGCGUCUGCGGCGUCAUCGCUGGCCCAGGUAAAUCCAAUCAGCACUAGCCCAGCAACAAUAGAUGAUGGAGCAUCGGGAGAAGGAAAAGGAGUAGGAGUUGGAGCAACAGCAACAGCAACAGCAACCGCGCACAAUUCGCAAACAACGACAACGACAGCAAGGGGCACAACUGGUGCAGCAUUGCCGCAUGAUGAAGAGAAUGAUGAAUGUAGGUGCUUUAACUAUAACGGUGAUAUUAGUCUGGAUCGGCGGGGCGAGGCCGCGGAACUUUCCGGCAUUACGUGGCUGAUGUUCUUGUGGCAGCAUCUGCUGCCGGGCAACGGAAACAACAGCAUCUACACCCCAACCCACACCCACACCCCAACCCACGAAUCCUCCAGCUUACCAGCGGGGACGACAACGAAAACAGCCAGCAGGAGCAGGAGCUGCGCCAUGACGUCGACAAAAAGUUGGCUGGGACCGCUGCUAAUGCUGCUUUUGGCCACGUCCGUCAGCGGCUGGGGCGGUCGACAAGAUGCGCCCACAAAUUGCACGUUUCCGGCACGAUGGGAGGGCUCCUGGUUCCUGUCCGGCUAUCAGCAAUCCAUACACAUCAAGGGCUCCCAGUUCAGCUAUCGCGGCAGGUGUGCGGCCUCCGAUGGUAACAAAUAUCUGAUUGUCGACGAGAAAGGAUGUCAUCGUUGCCUGGUUAUCUAUGAGAAGCAUAAAAAUGUGCUCCAAUAUAAAGAAAACUUUUGCAAGGGCCGUGAGACUUUACAGAAUCUCUGCGACCAGAUACCGGGCGAUGCCCUGCUCUACUCGCUGUUCCGGGAGAGUGCCGAGCCGGUCAAGUGUCCGCUCAAGGGACCCUUCAUCUUUACGUACAAUCGAGGCCACGGGGAGUGCAAGUCGCCGGUGUCCAACAUUGAGAGCUGCACGGAGGAGAGUCGCCUCCUGUUGAGCUUCCAGGCCUGUCCCGAUGUCCAGGGCACUGAGAGUACGGUGGAGGAGCUGACUUGCCUGGCAACCUGGAAGGACGGCAACUCACGCUAUUUGGUCGGCCUCGUCUCGCACCACCAUGCCAUUUCGAACGAGGAGCGCUAUCGCUGCUUUGUCUACGAGAAAAUCUCCUCGCUGAUGGGCGGCCCCAGCAUGCUCAGCUCGAAGGAUGCCGAAUAUAAGCUGGCCCAAUCCGGCGACGCCACUUGCAAUGGCUUAGACAGUGCCGAGGUUGGCUCACGUAUCAUGUCGCUGCGAAAGCCGCCCAUCGCCGAGCGCUGCGACUUCCCGGCCUGGUUCAAGGGUCCGCGCCACUGGCAUGCCCUCAUGGGCAAUGCCGUCUACAAUUAUCAUUCCAAUGACGGGUCCGUGCACAUUAUUAAGCCCAACGGCUAUAUGGAGACACGUGCGCUCUGUGAGCAAAUAAAUAAACAGACCCCGACCGAAAUGAUGGCCGUGGUGCACUACACCACCGGGUGCCAAUCGGGAUUCAUGUGCAUGAUGUUCUACCGCCGGGACACGUUCGUCAUCGAGAUACAGACGGGCAAGCCGGCGAUUCGCCUGGAGGAUGCCUGUGCACCGGAUCACUUUGACAUCAAUAAGAUGGCCUACAUUACCUUGCUGGCAAGCAAUCCCGACCUGGCCAUUUGUCCCAUGGAGGGCAUCUACACGCUACGUGGCGCCAUCGGACCGCCGUAUCUGGCCACGCGCCACAAGCGCAAUCACAAUGGGAAGUCGCAUCUGGGCCACGGACAUCAUCACCACGAGGGCGCUGACUCGGGAAAUUUCGGACAUAAAGGACACAGUUCGCUGAGUUUUCGCAAUGCCGAGCGCAUGGAGCGUGGCUCCUGGCAUGCCAAUACCCGAGGUCUCCCGGUUCGCAGUCGACGCAAUGCGCCCAAGGAUCCCCAGGUCCAGGAGCAGGUGCAGGAGCAGGAGCAGGCCUUGGUCCUGGAAAAGGUCAACAGCAGCGAUACUAGCGUGGGAUUUGUGGCCACGCGGAAUCGACGCGAUGUCCCCGGCUGUGUGCCCAACUACAAUGCCCAAAGGCAACUCUGGGUGGGCUGUACGGCGGAGAACAUGAUAGACGUCAGUCCGCUGUGCAGCGUGGAUGGUGAGGAGGAGUACUCCUGUCACGGAUCCUGGAGCGAGAACAGCACCUUCUACAUCAUAGCUCGGCACAAGGGCAGCAAGCACGGAGUCUGUCUGACCUAUCGACCCACGGAGGGCACCGCCGCCAAGCUGGUUGUGGGCGAUGCCUGCUAUCGGGGCACCCAGAAGCCACCCGAUCAUCAUCUAGAGGCCAAUCUGUCAGUUUUGGGUAAAUGUGGCGAGACUGGUGCCAGUGGCGCGAGGAUUCCCCUGGCCAACUGGCUGCUCCUGGUGGCGAUGGCGUCAUGGCUUCACCUGCGCAGCUGAGGGACAAGUGGCAGCUACAGCAACUAGAAACAACUUGAGAUAGGCCGCUAAGCGUGACAAGCCAAAGCGCUACGUAUACAUCACUAAUUCCCCGAAACCAAAUCCCAUUAUGAUCGACAUGUAUACAAGACACAUCUAAGACUUAUUGUAUAUUUCGUGUAGUAUGUGUAAGGCGAAAUCGAACCACUUCGCACUGGUUUGGCUGUAUAUAACGUAUUGUUUUUUUCUUUAGUACUGAUACACACUUUUGUUUAGUUCUAAGUGCUUAAAAUAAACAAGAUUUCGAUAAAUUAAGACAAGCAGGAGCACACACAAUAUGGAAAAUGGUUUGCAAUACAGCCUUAGAUCAGCGCUAUUUGUAUUAGGCCUAGUAAAACGCGUCUAUUACUAAAAGUAGCGCCACUAUUAACGCGAGUAUGCUGCAAAUGCUGUUUAUUUAUAGUACGAUUACCCACUAAGCAUUGAGAGCAUAAAAACACAAUCCAGAGAAAAGACAUCAGAACUAUACGAAUACAAGCUAAAAGCUUCUUCGUUUUGUUUUUUGAAAUCAUCUUGUAGCGUGUUUUAUGGCAUGUAUUUUUUAUAUAAUUUCCAAAAUGUUUCCUACAACAAAGUACAUAUGAAACACAGGACGAAGGCGGAACAUUUUAAACUACAUAUAAAUAUGAAAUGAUUCGGAGCAAGUCCGAUCUCGCGAUGCUUUCAAAAUGUACAAACAGGCAAAUGGCCAAUAUGGUUGGCCAUUCGAUUAAAAUGCUGCGUACAGCACCGCAUACAUAUGGCAUAUAUACAUAUAUAUGGCGUAAAUAUACAAUAUAUUUUUAUGUACAAAAACGCAAAAUCGUACAUACAUACAUACGAGUAUAUAUAAUGAAUAACGUUUUGCAUAGGAUCGCAUUGGUUUCAUAAUACAUAAUUAAUACCUUGCAAAAUACGCAUAUAUUGUAUGAUUCAUUGUAACAGUUAUAUAUACUGGCAAGCAUAUAUACCUAGGCAUGUAAGUGAAGCAGAAGUGAGGAAUUCGAGCAACUUUGAUAAGUAGAGGCACACCACUUUCAUAAUCAAUCAACUAACUUUGUAAGACACAACACAAAUCAACUCAACACUCAACCAAACGAAUGAAAGACAGAUGGUGUCGGAUCGGUGGCGAAGGAAGCUAAAAUAAUUAGAGUGUUUAAGACAAUUAAGCGGUGAUAUAGGUCUAGAAUAAACAACUGUGUAAAUCUCUGACAGAAGCAGAAGCAGUAUAGAACAGAACAGCCGGACAACAUCUGCUAGAGUUUGAGAUAAUGAGGAAUUAAUGAUGAUCAAGUGUAUCCAAAGGAUUUCAAAAACUAGCAUUUUUCUCUCGAUGUAGUAAGCAAGAAUUUUGCCCCAAAUUCCAAAACGAAAACUAAUAGAACCGAGUAUCGAGUAACGAGCAUCGGCAUCGGUAGCGAGUAAACAAUUAAGGAGUAGCAAGGACAUAAGCAGAGAGAGGAAAGAGAGACCCCUUCAAGGCAACUAGUCAAAAUUUAUGAAGCGUAACUUUGAGUUCCAUGUAAAUAGCGAAUGUAAUGCGAAUUGACCCCGGUACGCGGUACGAUGUGUGUAUACAUAUGUAACUAAUUGCUAGUUAGCUAAAGGACGAGAGGAUUGUGGCAGGACACCAACAUGCACAGUGGCGUACGGAACAGGAGGGUUACUUUCUAAGUACUAUGUAUACAUUCAGCAACACUUAUAUAGAAAUACGAAGAUAAUGAAUUAUAAACUCGAACAGCAGCCAGAAUGUGGCCGAGACCCAAUAGGAAUACACUAGGAACCGGAACCGGAAAUAAAAACAGAAACAGAAACAUAAGGGCAGAAGCAGCAGCACUCCAUAUCGUUGUGGCCAGACAAAUCAGUAGUCGUGAUGUACAAAAUUGUACAAUGAUGAUCGGAUGACGGAGUAGCAGCCGCUGUGCUUGAGCAUUUUUUUGAGUGUACCUCUCUCUAAAUAGGCAUUUCCAUUUGUUGUCAGCUUUUAAAACGUAAAUACGAGCAUAUUAAAUAAUAAUAAAAGCAUUUUAAAGAGGAAAACCGAAACCCACAUGAAUCAAACGAAAUAUCGAAUAAAACUUCAAGUCAAGGGACACUUUUUAAGCCCAACCCCUUCGGCCAGGAUUAAAAGUCCGAUUGGCAGACGCUUUGCUGGUUUAUUUUGCAAUUGUUAAACUGAGACACUUUACUGUCCCCUCAUCCUCCAACUCCAACCAUCCCCCAACUUCGAUUUCCAACUCAGCUAGAGAACCAGCCUUAGUUUGUCUUCUUGUGUCAUUGUCAGAACCUUAGUGUGUUAUUGAUGUUCCAAACGGUCUCCACAAAUGUAUUCGAAUGUUUCUAAAAACUGCUAUUUAAUUAAACGAAAUACGAAAAAAAAAACCUAAAUCCAAACCAAACAUAAACGUGCAAACAUAUUUUUGUAAAUAGACGAAGCAACGCUUGAAUUUUUAUCCAGUUUUUGUGUAUGGCCAACUGCAGUCGACUUAUGGGUGGUGGGCGGCCAGGCUCAGCUUGUGGGCGUGGCCGGCCAUCUGAGUGUGAACGCUAAGCAUUAGGGUUAAGUGAUUUUUAUAUUCAAAGCGAUUUUAUAAAUCAUUUUAAUUGUCUAUUUUAACGAGUGCAGCAAGCUGAAUGAAGAGGAAACGAAACAGAUUAUGCCGUCGGUUUAGUUCAUGUGUGUGAAGAAAAAUGUAUGCAAUUUUUGUCAAUAAUUGAAUGUUUUGAAUACUGUGUUCUUACCUUGUUUGGAUUUGUUUUUUAAGCUAAUAUAAAUACAAAUACAAACUAAUUAAAAAUAUA